UUGGCUGAUCUCCAUGGCCAUCCAAAGCCCGUUUUGCAUCGUGAUUUGAAACCAUCCAAUAUCUUGCGAGACAUCGACGGUAAUUGGUUGCUGGCCGAUUUUGGAAUCAGUCGAAUCUUAACGACAGGUGCCACUACCCAUCCAAGUGAGCAAAGGGGAACGGAUGAUUGGAGAGCCAUUGAAUCUUCAUAUCAUUCGAAUUGCAUGACUGACAAUAGCGAAGUACGUUAUAAGAAAGAAUCCGAUAUUCAGGUAGGAUUUCGUUUGUGUUAAACACGAGUUAGAGUAAAUAAUAAGUAUAGAUUUUUCGUUGCUUUCCAAAGAAAGUGACAGAACUCCGACGAGUACUAGGGGGCUUACUCAUAGAAAAUUAAUGAAUGUAGACUGCGUACUUAAGCACGACUGGACAACUUGCAUGUUAGAUUAAAUUUUAAUCUACGUAAAGAGAAGGAAAUCAAACACCACUGCUAAAAAAGAACAUAAUGAAAUUAGCAAAAUUGCAAAAUGUUGUAAAGCCUGGAAAAUAAAGCCAUGCAAAGUUUUGAAAUUUUGUAUAUGUUUCUAUUACGUGCGGAAAUUGUUACCAUUUUCGGCUCAAAAAUGGUAACAAUUUCCGCACGUAAUACAAACAUAUACAAAAUAUGCAAACUUCGCAAGGCUAUAUUUUCCGUACUUUUCAACAUUUCGUAACCAAAUUUUGCAAUUUUAGUAAAUUUAGUAAGUUCUUCACGGGAAUUUACUUUUUUUUUUGCCUAAUUCAAAAAUUAGUCUAACAUGCAAGUUGUCUAUUAUGUUUCCAUUUUUAGCAAUGAGAGUACUUAUAAAUCCGCCAUAUUGAAUUCGACUAAGAGUGCACUAACACUAACAUCGCAACCAAAUAAACAAAUUCCCUAGUAAAGCUGAUAUUUAACCAAAAUUAUUUUAAUCUUUCUAAAGCUGAAAUAAACAAUACAUUUUCCUCAACAAAGUUUAGAAAAACCAAGUUAUAUAAUUGAAAAACGUAAUUUUCACAGUCUUUGAAAAUACUGACAUCAGUAACAUUUUUUAAAACUCUGUCAGCAAGGUGUCGGAUCAAUUUUUCAGGAACAUAAAUUUGGGGCUGUUUUAUGCUGUGCGGUGACAAUUUUCAGGGAACAUGAAUAAUAGUUACAGUUUGCUUUUGUCACAUUUAGGUAGCCGGAAUGGUGGCAUUCUAUAUUGUCACAAAAGGUAAACAUCCCUUUGGAGAAGGACGAUACCGACUUGGCAACUUACUUGAUGGUAAACCAGUUGGCUUGGAUACGCUGAAAGAUCCUGUCUUGAAAGAUUUGUUAUCCUGGAUGCUGAGCCACAACCCAGAAGAUAGACCAUUGGCUGAAGAGGCGCUGAAACACCCUUACCUUCAGUCCACGGAACAAAAGUUUGAAAUGCUUUGCAAAAUGGGAAACCAACAAGAGAUUAAGGCAGGCGACAACAACUCAGAUGUCGUACGAGAGUUGAAUAACGACCUAACAGAUUGGAAAAGUCGGAUGAGACCUGAUGUUCUGAAGUAUUUAUGUACUGAUUUCAUGAACGGAAAACCAAAAACAUUUUUUUAUAAGUCGUCGUGGACGGAGUGUUUACGACUUAUCCGAAAUGUCAACCAACACUGGCAUGACCGACCACGUCAACUGCCUCAACCCGAAGCAUUCUAUGUAGUGGGCGAUCCCCAGGAGUACUUCCUUAACCUCUUCCCCAACCUUCCUGUCGAGGUUCACAGAAUUGUCAGGUCAUGUGAUUGGAAAAAACGACCUGACCUUAAGGAGUACUUCGUAUAAGAUACAAUAUGUGGUUUGUGUGCGCAUAAACUAAUCUGAGAAGUUUUUUCGGACGGUAAAAACACUGAUAUAAAACUAGAGCUGAUAGUGCAUCUGCUGAGCAUAAAUAAAACCAAUGGCGGCCAUAUUGUUGUGACCACCACAAAUCUACUGCGCCUGUGGUGGUGUUGACAUGUUAGAAGGGCGGUCCCAACAUUUUCUAGUUAUUGGUGUCAUGCAAAAGGACAGUAUAGUGCUUAAAACUUUCUAAAACUCUUUAUAAAAGGUAUAUAGCAAGCUAUAUGUCUAUAAGUCAUAUUACACACGGUAUUUGUUUCUUAUAUUAAAACCAAUUUGAACACGUAACGAUUCGAUUUUUAGUGGUUAUUCCACAUUUAAAAAUGUUUCCUCAUUAAUUGAAAAUAUUCUGUCUUCAAAAUUGACUCAGUGAAUUCAAAAGCAUACUGACUCUAUCCAGAUUUUAGAUCAGUGGAGUAAACAAGGGUCGUGUGGGUUGGGGGGGGGAGGGGGGGUCGAGUAAUUCAAAUAAUAAUAGUCAUACUAGUAAUCGACUCCUAGUCACUACUAUUAGAUCAGUGUUCCUAGUAGUGGCUUUAGUGUUACUAUAGUGUCAAUCAUUAUGUAAAUUAUAUUUACCUUAAUUCAUCUGUUAUAAUUGACAUAAUUUCACUAACUUCAGUCAGGAUAAUGUUUAUAUUGUUAAUGUUAUCUUGAGUUCAAUAUUUAUGUAACCUCAUUAGCCAUUAUGAUUACUUAGUUAUAUGCAAUUUUGCACGCAAUAAUAAUAUUUUACUGAAAUCACAUUAAAACUAAAUCACAUUAAAACUGACAAAAUUUGUCUCUCCUUCAUUGUUGACAAUAUAAAUCACAUAUACUUGCAUAAUGCUUUGUGAAACAAACGUUUAGAACUCUUUACAUUUGACGACUUACAACAUAUAUGUGGUAUGUUGACAUAUACAGGGCCGCCGAGAGGGGG